AAUUUGCAUCACUCCCUCAACCCACCAAAGAAACAGAGCAUUUCAUUUGCUUCUCCACAAACAACUCCGAACCCGAAAUCAACCGAAACAAUGGGGAAGAAGGCGGUGAUAAUCGUUACUGCGACGGCAGUGUGCGCCGCGGCAGCGGUUCUGGUGGCGCGCCACCACAUGCGGAACUCGGGACGGUGGGCCCGGGCAUCGGCCAUCAUCAAGGAGCUCGAGGAGAAGUGUGGGACCCCCACUGGGAAGCUGAGGCAGGUGGCUGACGCCAUGGCUGUCGAGAUGCAUGCCGGCCUCGCCUCCGAAGGUGGCAGCAAGCUCAAGAUGAUCAUUAGCUACGUCGACAAUCUCCCUACUGGGAAUGAGAAAGGGUUGUUUUAUGCUUUGGAUCUCGGAGGAACAAACUUCCGUGUAAUGAGGGUGCAAUUGGGAGGAAAGGGUCGUGGAAUUAUUAGCCAAGAAUUUACUGAGGUCUCAAUUCCUGAAAAUCUUAUGGUCGGGACUUCAGAUGCACUCUUUGACUACAUUGCGGCAGAACUUGCUAAGUUUGUUGCUAAAGAAGGUCAAGAUUAUCAACUCCCUCCUGGAAGGCAGAGAGAACUAGGUUUUACCUUCUCAUUCCCUGUGCUGCAAUCAUCAAUUAAUUCGGGGACCCUUAUUAAGUGGACGAAAGGCUUUUCUAUAGAUGAUGCAGUUGGGCAAGAUGUAGUGGCUGAAUUGAGUAAAGCCAUUGAAAGAACAGGCCUCGAUAUGCGUGUAUCUGCUCUGGUUAAUGACACGGUUGGGACAUUAGCUGGAGGUAGGUAUGUCAAUCAGGAUGUUAUUGCUGCUGUGAUUUUAGGUACAGGGACAAAUGCAGCAUAUGUGGAACGUGCACAUGCAAUACCAAAAUGGCAUGGUCUGCUACCUAAAUCAGGAGAGAUGGUUGUCAACAUGGAGUGGGGUAACUUUAAGUCAGCUCACCUUCCAUUGACAGAAUAUGAUCACUCAUUGGAUACUGAAAGUUUGAACCGUGGUGAUCAGAUUUUUGAGAAGAUAAUUUCUGGAAUGUACUUGGGAGAAAUUGUUCGCAGAGUUCUUUGUAGGAUUGCUGACGAAGCUUCCCUUUUUGGUGACACUGUUCCACCAAAGUUAAAUGUUCCUUUCAUUUUGAGGACACCUGACAUGUCUGCGAUGCAUCACGAUGCAUCCUCUGAUCUUAGGGUGGUACGAGAAAAAUUGAAGAAUGUAUUGGAGAUAUCAAAUACUUCUCUUAAAGUAAGAAAAGUUAUCGUCGAGCUCUGCAAUAUAGUUGCUACACGUGGGGCCCGCCUUGCUGCUGCUGGAGUCUUGGGUGUACUGAAAAAGCUGGGAAGAGACGCGGUCAAGGAUGGGGAAAACCAGAAGACAGUGGUAGCUUUGGAUGGUGGAUUAUACGAGCACUACACUGAAUAUAGCAAGUGCAUGGAAAAUACUCUACGAGAAUUGCUCGGAGAGGAAGUUGCAGAAACUAUCGUUAUUGAACACUCUAAUGAUGGCUCUGGGAUUGGAGCUGCCCUUCUCGCUGCCUCUCACUCACAAUACCUAGGAAUCGAUGAAUCCUGAAUUUAUCAGGAUACUAGUAGAGCUUUUAGCCGAAGAAAGUUUCGCACUUUUGGUGUUUUAAUCUUUCUCCGGGUUCGAACUAGAACAUCUCCCAUUUUUUCUUCUUAUAACCGUGCCUCUUCUCCUCUGCUCAUUCACCGCUGGAAUUCUUUUUUGGGGGAAUUUUAGUUUGUGGCUUUGCAGAAUGUGUAAGAGAGGUGGAUUGAUUGUAUAAAUGCAGGACCCGUAAGCGGCCAUGCAAUACUGCUUCGGCCUGCAAAUUUCCAUUUCUUUUUUACCUUGUGGUAAUUCUUAAAUUGUGCUGGUAAUUCUUAAUUCUUAUGUUCAAAGUAAUAAAAAUAUUGAAAUGCUACUUUUAAUCA